AUGUUUGAAUCCGCAUUUUCAGGAGGUGGCAACUCAAGGCAUCAGCCUGCGAAAGAUUCCGAGGACGAGGAAGACAAGCCAGUCAGAGCAGCAAAACCGAACAAGCGAGCAAGACAGUCUGGGGCUGGGGGGGCCGGCGAUAGCAGUCGUGGCGAGGGCGGGUCCAGAGCCAACCCAGGUGAAUCAGCCCCGGGCUUGGCGGGAUUGGCGGGAUUGGCGGGAUUGGGCUUCUCACAAAUCAAUUUGCAGAAAUCCAGCAAGAAGAAGUGCAACGAGAGUCGUGAACUAGAACGAAGCGAGGCUUUGGUCUUGCAGGCUCAGCAGUUGCUUGUGAGCUUGGGGGAGCCGCUUGUGACCCGGAUUCCUUAUGCCAGGGCAGAGACGAUGAAGGACAAAAUCCAGUCUAGGCUCUCCGACGAGCUGACAGGUUUGUACAUGGAAUCCGUCCGGACCAACGGCCCGACUUCACGUGCAGCUACGGUUUGGGAUAAUCUGAAAACCGAGUUUCGGAACAUGGAGCGGGCAGCUGAUUUCCUCGAAGCCCUUCAGGACAGCGAGGCCAGUCCGGCGACCCUGUCGCAGAGAGCCCGUGCAUUGGAGGAGGUCGGUGUAAAGUUGCCCCAGAACAUUAGCGGCGUCAUUUGUCGCCGAGCAGCAGAGGAGCUCAUGCAGGCCGGUGAUUAUGACUCGGUGUGCAAAUUCCUGGACGUCAACUGCAAGAAGGAGUUCCCUCAAGGUAUUUGUUCAAUCAUGCCCGCAACCGAUCCUUCUAAUCCAGAGUCUGCAGGCCAAGAGAUCCCUGCAGAAGUUCGGGAAUUUCAGUGCACAUGCCUUGUAGCUUGCAUGACCCAGAUCUUUAUGACGACAUCGGUGCCUGCUUCGGUCAACGAUCCGGAGAAGGUUGAAGUGCAGAAGAAAGAGAUGCUCGCCGAUAAGAUUAAAGAGAUCGCGGCCUUCCUGAAGGUCUGGCAGGCUUCGUCUUUGCAGGCCGAGCUUUCGCAAGCCAAGUGCCUCAUCGUGGAGGAUAUCAACAAGGUGUCGAAUCUCGUGAAUACCGUCCUUCAGCCGAGUGAGCUUGAUUCGGCCACCUGCGAACAGCUGGAGACCGCCAAAUCGAGCCUCAUCAAAACCAAAACGGGGCCCUUCUAUGCGGCCGUUGCCAUGAGCCCUGUCGGCGUGGAGAUUUGUUCUGAGGUGUCGCAUCUCAUCCAGCAAAGCCGCUCCGACACCUUGCUUGCACUGGACAUCGAAGCAGCCUUCCAAAUCGCCCAAGGCCUCAAGACCUUUGAUGGUGAUGGUCUUCUGAAGUUGAAGGAAACCGGUGACUGGGAUGUUGUCAUCUCAGGGUCUGGGAAGAUCAUGGAGAUGAUGACGAAAUUCCUUAACUUCAAGGAGAAGGCCAGCAAGCAGCUCCAGGCACGAUCGCAAGAGGGUGUUCAGUUCAUCAAUGGAAAGGUCGACGAGCUCUACAAGGCUUUGGUUUCUGUCAUCCGCAUUAAGUACGAGAAGACCUUCGGAGACUCCUUUUUGCCGAAGAUGCAAGCUUGGGCGAAAGGUGUUUUGGGAGAUGAUGGUCCUGUGCUAUACGAGCUGCUUUCUCAAAUGAGUGGCUUCCAUCCGCUGGCGAAGGUUCCAAUCGUCAAGCUGCUUGGCAAGCAUUCGGCGGAAGGCUUGGAGCAAGAGAUGGCGAUCGUGAAGACGUAUGUGACAGGAUUGAAAGAUGCCUUUCAGAAGAUCACCAAGGUUCUAGCGGGCGAGAUCAACGAGGACAUCAUCUCCCAGCCGCUCAUUGCCGACUUCUUUGUCAAGCUCCACGACACUGCUUCCAGGAAGCAGCUAUCAUCGACAGCUCCCUUCGUGGAUACGGCCUUGAGCGACUUGGCUCGAGGCAUGCAGGUAUGCCUUGGGAAGUGGCUCUCUCAUAUCAGCUCCACCUUUGCGAACUUUGCGGGUAAGCUUCUUAAGCCUGAAAUCAGCGAAGAGAUGGUCCACGAUGCACUUCGAGAGGAAGUUCUUGGAGUCGUCGAGAUCAAUGCCGAGGACUCCGCGGAAGCCAAGCAAGAGCUCGAUUGGUUUUUCGUCUUCAACAGGUACUACAAGUACAUGGGUGUGAGCAGGGUUGCCUUCUGUGUGGAUGGUGAAAACAUUGAAGUGCAUGCUGCCUUCCUUUGUGUGGUCGGUGCUUUGUUGCGAAUCGCGAAGUUCGUGAUGGUUUGUGCCAACAAAGUGAAGGAGUCUAACGAGGCAAAAGUCUAUCAGGAUAUGCUCAUCCAGACCCUAGUGGCUACCAAGGAUUCACCUGUCGCCUGGAAAACCAAAGCAUCUAUGUUGCUUGGUUGUCAACCCAUCUUCGGCAAGUUCGCCCCGGUCUCCAAGCACUUCGACGAGAUGUUGGUUGCAGCUGUGGCCAUCACCGGCGAGAUGAAUGGUGUUCGUGCUUUCUAUCAGAUCCUUCAGAAGAUCAUGACGGGUUUGAGUGGUCAAAUGAUCGCAAACAUUGCUACCGACAUGGGGAGCCUCAUCUCCGGUAUCAGGGAUUUCCACAAAGAGUUGUUGCAGGCCAAAGAUGUGGAGGCGAUCUUCAAAUCAGAUCCUUUGGACAAACAGGCCAUUCAGAAUUUAGCCUCUGAUAUGAACGUGCAAAAGCUGGUUCUUUCAGGAUCUCGAGCCGAUCGCAUUCUCUCCGAGAGCGCCGCUUUCCUGAAUGACUUGCAGUUGUUGACCGUGAACGAGUGGAUUAGCGAGGUUUCCAUCAAUCUGAUUGGGGCUACUUCGAGCGACAUCAAGGUCUUUCAUGCAGUCGGUGGCACGAUGGCUCAGGAUAAGCAGUCCGGGACAGCUACCAUGGCGACCGUCCGCUACAUCAACGGAAGCAUCACUUUGGCUCAAGCUUUGACUCGGAACCUACAGCCGGGCGAAACUCGACUUGGCUUGGUCAGCAGGUGCCAGACCAUUCUCGAGAAGAAGGGCAUAUUUGCUGAAUCAGCUCUUUCCAAGAAAGCUUCCGCACUCAAGGGGAAUAAGUGA